UUUUUUUGCUAUAAAAAACGGAGCAGUUCCAAUUUAUUCAUAUCCUUUAUCUUAUCUUCCGUUAUUGGUUAACAACGAUGAUUUUAUCGAAACUAGAUGUCCUUUUCAUGACUAUUCUAGGCUUACUUUUGCACUUUGUCAGUGGUACGCUUGCUCUGACCGCCGCUGAAAUAGUAGCGCAACAUGUUGAGUAUAAAACACAAGGCUAUCUGGUUUUGGAAAGUCGGCAAUUCAGUGGCUAUUCCAUCCGAAUGAAGGAACCUAAAUUGUGUGAAGCAGGAGGAGCACAGUACUCAGGAUAUAUUGAUAAGCACGAUACCAAUGACCAUUUUUACUUUUAUUUUGUUGAAUCAAAAAAUAAUCCUGUAAAAGAUCCAACAGUAUUGUGGUUGAAUGGUGGGCCUGGAUGCUCGUCUAUGAUGAUAGGAAAUUGGAUUAAUAUAGGGCCUUGUAAAGUAAAUGCUUUCGGAAAUGACAUUGUACCAAAUCCAUACAGUUGGAACAAUGCUGCAAACCUUAUCUUUUUAGAUCAGCCUGUUGAAACUGGAUACAGUUACGGUGACACUAAAAUCAGAACAACGGAAGAAGCUGCUCAAGAUGCCUAUGCCUUUUUGCAGAUCUUUUUCUUCCAUUUUAAGAAGUAUGCAAUGGGGCCCUUCCACAUAAGUACUUUCUCUUAUGGAGGCCAUUUUGGGCCAAGUCUUUCUGCUGAAAUUAUUCGACACAAUAGAAAAAUCAAAGAGCAUGAUCGAGGAAAGAAGGAUGGUGACCAUCAUGAGAGCUAUUUUCACUCACACAAUAGCAAGCACAGCAACGACACUUCAAGCCACAAUUACAUCACCACAAACAAUGCAGAAGAACUCAUCCAUAUCAAUUUCGAGUCCCUUAUGCUUAGUAAUGGCUGGACAAACGCUGCGGUCCAGUUUAAAGAAUUCUCUACCUUCGCGUGCACUGCUGAUCCGCUUGCCAAAAAAGAAAAUAUUGGUCUCUAUCGACCUUUUGCUAAUGCAACCACCUGUGACAGUAUGAAGCAAUCGUAUAAGCAAUGCAAAACGCUAUUAGAUACUUGUUCUAAGAAUGCUAAAGCAGCUGUGAAUACAACAAAUGCGGCUUGCGUAUCAGCCAUGUCGUAUUGUCAAAGUACCUUAGGGAAUGUGGUGAAAGUUACCGGAAUGAAUGCCUACGAUUUACGUAAAAAAUGUGUAGGAGACCCCAAUUAUUGCUAUGAAGAGUAUACGAACAGUGAGACAUACGGUAAUCUACCACACGUAAAAGCCGACCUGGGCGUUGACAAAGAGGCAGUAGAUCGAUUCAGUAUUUGCAGUGAUACUAUUGAGACCAACUUUUAUCUUUCUGGAGAUUAUGCAUUUGAGCAUAGCACCGAUAUUGCAUUUGCUUUAAAUUCGGGUAUACGUGUUUUAGUUUAUGUCGGUGAUAUGGAUUGGGUCGGUAAUUGGGUUGCGAAUCUAGCCUACUUGACUGAAAUGGAUUGGUUUGGAAAAGAGGAAUUUGAUGCAGCCCCUUUCAUAAAAUGGUAUACAGCAGGGAAAACGGAGGCUGGUAGAAUGAAAAAAGCAAAAAACCUGACCUUUUUGAAGGUAUACGAUGCUGGACAUAUGGUCCCCUUCGACCAUCCAAAGAAUUCAUUGGAUUUAUUUACCAAAUGGAUAACCAACAAACGAUUAUAAAUAGCAGCUACCUUUUACUUUGCGGGUAUGGCCUAGUAUUUCUGUAUUUUUACAAAACCAAUAGUGGAUGAAAUAGAUAUUCUGCACAUAGACCAUUGAGUGAUCGACGCUAGGUAAAAAGUGCUGCCAGAGUAUAACUUAGAGCACUGAUCAGCUGUGACUCUUGAAUGCGCUUUGUUUCUUUUGCAGCAUUCGUUUCGAGUAAAUCAACAAAGG